GCAGAGCCGGAAGGAAGGCCCGGAGAGAAGGGCUUGAGGCAAGAUGGCGGCGGCCAAGAGGAAGCGGCGUGGAGGCCUGGCGGUUCAGGCGAAGAAGCCAAAAAGAAACGAAAAAGAUGCCACGCCGCCAGCUAAGCGGCGCGAUAUGGCAGAGGAGACGGAGGAGGAAGACAGAGACCGUUUCCCAGGCCCCGUUUGCAAGGGCAAGUGGAAAAAUAAGGAACGGAUUCUCAUCUUUUCUUCUAGAGGAAUAAAUUUCAGAACAAGACAUUUAAUGCAAGACUUGAGAACCUUGAUGCCUCAUUCUAAAGCAGAUACUAAAAUGGAUCGUAAAGAUAAGUUGUUUGUGAUUAACGAGGUUUGUGAAAUGAAAAACUGCAAUAAGUGUAUUUAUUUUGAAGCUAAGAAAAAGCAGGAUCUCUAUAUGUGGCUUUCAAAUUCACCUCAUGGACCAUCUGCUAAAUUCCUUGUUCAAAAUAUUCAUACCCUAGCUGAGCUAAAGAUGACUGGAAACUGUUUGAGAGGUUCUCGGCCCCUUUUGUCUUUUGACCCUGCUUUUAAUGAAUUACCACAUUAUGCUUUGUUAAAAGAACUCUUAAUUCAGAUCUUUAGUACACCACGGUAUCAUCCCAAAAGCCAACCAUUUGUGGACCAUGUGUUUACUUUCACCAUUUUGGAUAAUAGGAUAUGGUUUCGGAAUUUUCAGAUCAUAGAAGAAGAUGCUGCUCUUGUAGAAAUAGGACCUCGUUUUGUCUUAAAUCUCAUAAAGAUUUUCCAGGGAAGUUUUGGAGGACCAACUUUAUAUGAAAAUCCUCACUACCAGUCACCAAACAUGCAUCGGCGUAUCAUAAGAUCCAUCACAGCUACAAAAUACAGAGAGAAACAGCAAGUGAAAGAUGUGCAGAAACUGAGAAAGAAAGAACCAAAGACUAUUCUUCCACAUGAUCCCACUGCAGAUGUUUUUGUUACACCAGCUGAGGAAAAACCGAUAGAAAUACAGUGGGUAAAACCAGAGCCAAAAGUCGACUUGAAAGCAAGAAAGAAAAGGAUUUACAAAAGGCAAAGAAAAAUGAGACAGAAGAUGAGCAGUGGGAAUACAAAAUGAAUCAAUGGAUAACUAACUUGUUUUCAGUUAUUUUAUAUUUAUUUUGUAUUACAUGUGUAAAUACUUUUAUUAUCUAGGACUGUCUUAUAUUUCAUUAGUGUGGCAUUUAAAAGAAAGAAAAAUUAAAAUCUUGUGGCUUCAGUGGUAUCUAUGUUUUUCUAAAUAAAAUAUCACCAGAACUCGUCA